AUGAGUGGAUCAGAAUCUAAUCCAAAAGUUUCUUUAUCAUUAAACACGACCAAAACACCAUCGGAUGCUAUUCAACCAAGGCGACGGAUGGGUGGAAAUUAUUCGCUUCUCUAUUUAGAUGAGUGUAUGGAUGAAGCAAAUCAAGAAUAUCAAAAUAUUUUGGCACAAUUAAAAACCAAUACUGACAAUGUUAAUAUCUUUAAGCAGCGAGACGAAUGUAUUGACUUUCUUACAGAUGCUGAAAAAAACAUCAAGUCUUUUCUUGUUGUCGAGAAUGCUACGGUUCAACAAAUAAUGCCCCUCAUUGACAAUAUCCAACAAUUGCAUAGUGUUUAUAUCUUCAGUAAAAUUAAAUGCCAACAUGAAGAAUGGACAACAAAAUGGCGAAAAAUCAGAAGCGUUUAUACCAACAUCGAUGACUUAUGCAAAGCAUUACAACUGGAUAUCAAGAAAUGCAAUCAAGAUUCGAUCGCCAUGAGUUUUAUCACGGUAGAUGAAAUGACUUCAACUGACAAUUUAAAUCAGUUGGAACCAACAUUUAUGUAUACUCAAAUAUUCAAGGAAAUUCUUCUUGAUAUGGAACAUAAUAAACAGGCUAUCAAAGAGUUUACUGCUUACUGCCGACGAACUAACUCUGGAUUGACAACGAAUAUUGAUCAAUUUGAAAACGAAUACCAUCCUCAAUCAGCUAUUUGGUGGUAUACUUCUUCUUCAUUUAUCUAUUCUAUGCUGAAUUAUGCUCUUCGCUCUAUGGAAGCCGAAAUAAUUAUUAAUAUGGGCUUUUUCAUUCAUGACCUUCAUCAACAAAUCCAGCAACUACACCAACAACAACUUAGUAGUCAUCACGAUAAACCAUUCAUAGUUUACCGAGGACAAGGUCUAUCCAAAGCAAAUUUCGAAAAACUACAAAAAACAAACGGUGCUUUACUAUCCUUUAAUAACUUUUUAUCUACUAGUACGAAAAAAAACAUCUCCCUAGUAUUUGCUAACAGCGCGUCAGACAAUGUGGACAUGAUAGGCAUUCUUUUCAAGAUGUUAAUUGACCCUCGUGUUAAAUCAGUGCCAUUUGCUUCCAUCAAACAGACAAGUUAUUAUAACGAAGAAGAAGAAAUUCUCUUUUCAAUGCACACCGUCUUUCGAGUCGGUGCAAUUAAACAAGUAGACAACGAGAAUCAACUUUAUCAAGUUGAAUUAGAAUUAACUUCGGAUGAUGAUCAACAACUACGAGUACUUACUGAUCGGAUACGAGAAGAAGUUGGUGAUAGUACUGGAUGGAAAAGUUUAGGUAACUUAUUGCUUAAAAUCGGACAAUUAGAUAAAGCUGAAGAACUUUAUAAUGUAUUACUCGAACAGACAUCUGAUGAGGAUGGACAAGCGACUUAUUAUAAUCAACUGGGAUUUAUCAAUUCGAAUCAAGAAGAUUAUGAAAAGGCUAUUUGGUAUUUCAAACAAGGACUAGAAAUUCAACAAAAAACUCUUCCCUUAAAUCAUCUUUAUUUGGCUACUUUAUACAACAAUAUCGGUUUGGUGUAUUAUAACAUGGGAGAGUACUCGAAAGCGCUUUCAUAUUACGAAAAAGCACUUGAAAUUCGACAAAAAACUCUUCCUGCAAAUCAUCCCUCAUUGGCUUCUUCAUACAACAAUAUUGGUAGUGUAUAUAACCGGAUGGGAAAGUACUCGAAAGCAAUUUCUUUUUAUGAAAAAUCACUUGAAAUUCAACAAAACACUCUUCCAUCAAAUCAUCCUUAUUUGGCUAUUUCACACAAUAACACCGGUAGUGUGUAUUACAACAUGGGAGAGUACUCGAAAGCGCUUUCGUCUCACGAACAAGCACUUGAAAUUCAAAAAAAAACUCUUCCUUCAAAUCAUCCCUCAUUAGCUACUUCAUACAACAGCAUCGGCUUGGCGUAUAACAAAAUGGUGGAGUACUCGAAAGCACUUUCAGCGCAUGAAAAAGCAUUUGGAAUUUGUCAAAAAACUCUUCGUUCAAAUCAUCCUCAUUUCGCGCAGUCAUACAACAACAUCGGUAGUGUGUAUUACAAUACGAAAGACUAUUCGAAGGCUCUUUCAUUUUUCGAAAAAGCACUUGAAAUUUGGCAAAAAACUCUUCCUUCAAAUCAUCCUUUGUUGGCUACUUCAUACCACAGCAUUGGUACGGUUUACAGAAAUAUGAAAGACUAUUCAAAAGCACUUUCAUAUUAUGAGCAUGCUCUGGACAUCAGACAACGUGUAUUACCUCCAACUCAUCCUGAUAUAAAAACUACGAUGGAAAGUAUUGAAGUUGUAAGAGAAGUUAUAAAGAAUAUUUGA